GACGAAGCCGAGGCAGAAGAUCAGAAAAAGAAGUUUAGCCCUGACAGUGGAAAGUCUCCCAAAAAAAGGGAACUUGAAGAACUCUCACAGAUAAUGGCGCAGGAAAAACAAAAACACGACAUGAAGUGUGAGCAACAUUUACUCAACCCCGCACACGGUCUGGUGGUGAUCUCAAUAGCUCCAGACUCACAGGGCUCUGCGCAUGACAAGAGGGAUCUGGUGCUCCAGUACUGUAACGGCUCGGCCAAAGACCCCCCUAGAUUCGCCCGCUGGAUACGGUCGAGGGCGCACCAAUUCUUCCACUGCCCCGUGGAGAAGACCGCGUCGACUUUCUGGCGAAGAUUCACCUACCAGUUGGAGUUUACUCACCCCAUGAGAUCUCCAUUCGACAUCAACUCCACCUUCAUCUACGACAUCUUCAAAAAAACCAUCACUGUCAAAGAAAAAGGGGACGCGCUAAAGAAACUCUGGAACCAAUCAAUCAAACAGCUCUACGUGCGGGACCCCUACUCCAGACUUUUCUCAGCCUACGUCGACAAAAUCCUGACGCCCAACCCUUACUACUGGAGGUUGUGGGGUGUCCCAGCUCUACCAAAACCUGCAGGUAAAAACAACACAGCAUCGAAGGCCACCAGAUGCGCCAACAGCGUCACGUUCCCGCAAUUCGUCAACUUCGCGCUCACAAAAUUAGGUCAGAGCGACCAUCACCUGACUCCUAUAAAUAGAUUAUGCACGCCAUGCGCAGUCAACUACACGAUCAUCGGCAAGAUGGAGACCUUCAGACGAGACACGCUACAGUUGCUGGCCCUGCUGAACAUCACAGAGAAACAGAUGGAGUUCCAGAGAAGGUCGGAGGAUGCUAGCAGCAACGACAUUGGUGAUGCUCUUGACCCGUCCUGGCUGAAAUUCACCCUCAGGUGUAUCAAAAAAGAAAAUAUCAUCCGAAGGAUCUGGAGGAAGCUGCAGAUUCGGGGCAUCAUCAGCUGGAGGAUUCCCUACGACCUUGACCCCGACAAAGCCUUGACAAUGACCAGAAGCUCUUUGAUCGCCCACAUGGAGAACGUGAUGUCAACAUCCACCAACCUGACAGAGCUCAAGCUACAGAAAAGACAAGCCAUGCUAGAGGCCUUCGCCAGCCUAAAGAGCUCUCACUUGGAGAAGAUUAAAAAAGUUUAUCAAAACGACUUUCUCAUGUUCGGAUACGAGCCAAAUAUGGAGGCGCUGCUUUCAGCGCAGCCAAUCAAAAUCACCGGCGCUUUGGAUUGGUGGAAAAAUUGGGAUAUGACGUCAGUCUUGGUGUAGUGUGUGUGCGCGUGUGUGGCGAAAUGGGUGUUGGAGUAUGUG